AUGUCAGUCACACACAGGAACGUGACCGGGAAGACUACUAAAGCUUUAGUCCGCUGCAACCGAUCUACUUUCACUGCACAUCGCUCAAGGUGGUUUUUCCUGUUCCCUGGCCGUGCUCAAGGAACCCAAAUACCAAAAGGACAACCGUUUUAUGAACUCAAGAACCCCAGCAUCUUAAUCAAGUUUACCUGGACACUUCUCAUAGCUGAUGCGGUCUGCACACUAGCAAUGUGUGAGCUUUCCUGGAACUAUUUCACGCGUCCUCGUGCUGGUCUAGUUUUUAUGCAUCUCGCGUUUGGAGGUUGGGUGGCAUCUAUGGUUGGCAUGAAAGGUGGAAUGAAUGUAAAGAGGAUCUGGCUGACUCCACCACGUCCACAAGGCGGUUUGACCACGUCAACCCGAAAAGCAAUCGGGCAUCCAAAGCUUGCGACUUUUGAAGGGUUUGGCAGUUUUGGUCUACGGGGCGAUGCACUGGACAACCCGCAAACUGAGCUGACAUUGAUUGUUACCACGCCGGGGAAUAGAAAACAGCAACUUUCGAUCACGACGAAAGGCGUUUGUAUGGACGGCAAGCCUGUUUCACGCGAUGAAGUCUGCACUUCGCUCUCGCAAGUCUUUGGACAUAAACCUGAACUCGCGUCUUGGAUAAGUGGUCCAAUUCUAGACCCACAGAAAUCAUGAUGAAACUCGGGCAGGAUGGAGUCUUCGAGCCUGCUGUUAGCCAGUUGCGGCUGGCAGCUUACAACCUAUAUUGUCUCGACCAGACUGAGGCGAUACAGUUAGUGUAGCUUAUUUGUGCACGUCAUCAUACGUGUCCACUAAGAGGUGUGUACGCAAAUAAGCAGACCACUUAUGAAUGCCAUGCCGCGUUACUGGUCAAGCUCCAGAUUCACGUUCACAGCAAGAGGGCUACCUUGGUCUGGGUGUAUUACUUAAAUGUAUGAACGGCGCAUUAUCU